CGACAGACGCGACUGUGACGCGAUUUGCUUGAAAAUCGCUCUUCUUCAAAAUUUCUAUUCUCUCUCGUGCUGAGAUUUUCCUUCUUUCAAAAACCGAUUCUUCUACAAAAAACAUAAAGAUAGAUGUAUACAUAGUUUGAAGUAGAAUUUACCUAUGAACUACGCGCGCAGAAGAUACAAAGCAAAAAUGUUUUAGAUACAACAACGAAAAAAAAGACGAAAAUAUACUUUCUUCUCGAAGGAAAGAAAAAAAACUGCCAACAAAAUUGAAUCCAAAUCCAAAGGCAAGAGAACAUUUUUAAAAAUAGAUCAGUUUUUCACGAGUUUUCCGAUUAGUUGCACUAAAUUUUGAAGAAAAUUUUCCUUUCCGUUUGUGUUAUAGGAAAUUUAUUUUACAAAAUUUUCGUCAUAUUUUCUUUCUCAAACAAAAAUAUUAUUGUGCUUAGUUUCUUUUUAAUAAUUAAUUUACAAACAUUUCCAAAAAGUGCGGGUUUUUGAAAAGAAAAAUCUCAAAGAUACACGUAAUAUCCAUACACAAAAAGUUAACACACGUUCGUUAACAUGUAAGAGAAAAUUUGAAAAAAAGUACUAUAAUCAUUUUCUUUAUAUUUUCACUUAAGAACCAUUGUGCGGACAUUGUUUUUUUUGUACAGAGAAAGCUUUAUAUACGAGCGCAAUAUAAAUUCUCUACAACCUAACUUUUCUUUGUGAUACAAGCGAGAUACAUUCUUGAGUUCUUGAAAAGAACAACAAGAGCGCAUUAAAGUCGCAGUUUAGUUUGGUUUUAUAGACUUUUGUUCAAGAAAAUCUGCGUCAUCUGUAUCUGCAUCUGUGAUCUGUGAUUUGUGCUGUGUUGUACUGGUGCGUGUCGAUAUAAAACCCCAUUGAACUUCGAGGAGCAUGGGCAGUUCUGAGUCGUCACUCCCCAUGGACGAAGGAGAGUCUAGCAGUGAAACAACCAACAACCAUCCUGAGGAAUUGAGCCAGGAUUCUAAUGAAGAUCCUUGGUGGUGGGAAAUAGAAAAUCAAAAUUUACUCCUCAACGUUGCGGAUGGUAAUGAGGCACCAUCAGAGAGUGGUCCAAGUACAAGUGCAUCGGCAAUAGUCAGAACAAAUAAUAACGGUAUUGUAACGAUAACCAGUGAACAAAAAUUGAUUCAUAGAAGGAGUAAAUCUCCAAAGGACUCCAUUGUCAGUGACCUUCCAGACGAAGGUGCAAGUGAAAGUUUAGUGUUUAAGAGUGACGAAAUCGAACAAGACAACGAGGUGAAUUCCCGAAGGGAACAAUCAUUGGAAGAAUUCAAAGAAGAACUAAAGACAAAACGAAUGGCUAGACAGACAGCAGUCAAUGAUCUCCGGGAGGAGCUCAAAUCACUGCGACGACAAUUGGCUGAAGAAAGGGGCGCAUCAAGACGUUCCCGAAGCGUAGAAGGAAACUCUGAAGAAGUUCAACCAACCAGCUGCUCCUCGGAAGAAGCCAAAAAGAAACAAAUGGAAGAAAGUGAUCGGGCGUUUGCCCAGCAGAUAUCAGAUGAUGAAGUCGUUUCGGAAAGUACAAAUCCCAAAGUUCAGCUAGCUGAAGCUCAGUUAGCUCUUCAAAUGGCAAAUGCUGAAAAUUUGUCACUCCAAACCGAGCUGGGAGUGACUAGGAAGCAGGUAGUUUCCCUAAAGGAAGUUGUAACUUGCUGCAAGCAAAUGAUCGCAAUGAAAGAAGAACAAGUUGUUCAGCUAAAAGACAAACUUAAUGAAAUUGAAGAUUCAUUAGCUGAACGUGAACUUAAAAUAAUGUCAGACAAUUUACGCCAAGAAUACGACAGACAGCUAGCCAAUAUGAGGACAUUGCGUCAAUUAUACGAAGAAAGGGCAAGAGUUUCAGCAGCUGAAAGAGAAAAUCUUGAACGCCAAAUAUCAAUAAAGAAGGAUGAACUUGAAGUUGAGAAAGAAAAAACUAAGAACGUCGAAGAACGUAAUGCGGGUCUUGAAAAAGAAUUAGAAAAUGCUGCAGAAGAAUUACGAGCCUUAAAAGAACAAUGCAAUGAACAUAAAUUCGAAAAUAAAACCCUUAAAGAAGAAAUGGGUGCAGUUAAUAAGCUCUUUAGUCAAAUGCUAAUGGGUUUUAAUGGAACAAAUAAUCUUGAUAUCGAUCGACUCACAACCAUGCUGGAGGAGAAUCGAACCCUUCUCAACGAUAUGGCCACAAAGGAGGCGAAUUUCGAUGGUGCCACCCUUCCGAAGUUGCUAUUUGAACUUGUGCAGCAAGCGGCUGUGGCCAACAUUAAACCCUCUGAAACCGAAUCAUCUCUCUCUUUGCUUGCUCCUACUGCUGCUACUGCUGCUGAUGCUGGAGCUGCAGGCCAAACCAACCGUGAUGAUGAAGAAGAAGAUGAGAGCUCUUGUGAUAUAACGAAAUAUUGUAGUGGCCUCACCGCCACAGCAUCAGAGGCAGUUUCCGUUGAAUCACCACAUCCCUCAUCUGCUUCCGCUGUUCCAUCGUUAUCCUCAGCGCCAACUACUGUCUGCGGGAUGCCAACUACUGAAGCCAACAUUUCCUCUAACGGAAAUGUUGAACAAACGGCCAGAGGCGGUCAUAAAACCACAAACAACACCACCGCGACCACCAACAACGAUGAAUCCUUACAUGAGUACGAGAACGACGACGUGAAGCACCAGCAGAGACUCGAGCAUUACCAUCCGAAUGCGAAGCAACAAGGAGGAAAUCUCGACCACAAUCAGCCGAGAGUUAUAGCAAAAGUUGCAUCCGCUGAAGAAAUCAUCGGUAACCUACCAAAAGUUUGGAAAGUGUUGAUGGAGCUCCUAAGUCAUCAUAAAAUCGAGCGAGUUCAAUUCAAAGAGAAUGGCCAUAGUGAGGAUUGUUUUAAAUCGGUGCAAACCCCUAAUGGACCAAAGGCUGAAUUGAGUGUUAGCAAAACUUAUAUAAAGCUUAAGGAUCUCAUCCUUGAGAAGAAGUCCCUUGUUAAGGAAACCAAUCGACUAAAGACACUAAACUGCCAUUUAGAUUAUCGCCUAAAUGAACAAGAAAAACGACUUAGUGCUGUUAGCUUAGAAUUACAAAAGACUUGGCAUUUAGUUGGAAAGAUGCAGCGUCAACAUCGUCAGCUGCACACUCAAGAACAAAUUCUACGUUAUCAGUUGCAGCAAAAGAGAAGACUUCUAAGCGAAUUAAAAGACGAAUUGGAGUAUUGUCGGCGGAAAUGGGCUGCUGCUCGUGCCAAGAAUGAUGAGAGUCAAUUGCAAUGUGAUGAUUUGAGAAGAGAAUUUGCAAAGAGAAAAUUAGAAGAUGCUCAUAAUUCGGCAGAGAGCGGCUAUAGUGAUGGACCAGGCUCAGAUGAAGAUGAUGCCGUUGUUUCCAAGGAAGCUGCUAACACAAAGAACUUGGCUGAUUUAUUUGAGAUCAAGAAAACCAUUCAGCGCAUGCAAAGCACUUCACCUGAAAGGUCUGGAUUCUACAGUAAUGAAGAGCUCAGGUGGAAUAGUGCCCCACCGGCUGUGAAGUGGCCGAAGGACGAUUCUUUGCUUUUAUUAGACGAUGAGCCUUGUUCAUCAGUUUCAGCUAGUGGCAGUGGAGCUAUUUCAAAGAAAGGCCCCAGAAUAUCACGAACGAAAAAACGUGGCUCGAUUGAAGAGAACAUCGACCACAAAGAAGAGAGUCCUGAUGGUGAUGAGAGUGACAGAGCAACUCGAAUUCAUCGACUUGAAGAACAGUGUAAAUCGCUAAUAGCAGCUGUCAUAGAAACCUCCGACAAUCGUGAACGAUUAGAAGUUCAACUUUGUCAUUUUCAAGAUGAAAUAGCUCCAACACAAUAUCCAAUACCUCUAGAGGAAUACAUGGCCAAUAAGGCUAUUAUAGAGCGUAUGAAAAGAGCAAGUUCUGCUCCUGAAAUCAAUGAGAACAAGAUCGGUCAGGCUUGUUUGACUGCCCGCGAAGAAGAAUACACAAGAAAACGAUCGGAAAGAUUGGAGCGUUUAGAAGAGGAAAGUCGUCAAUUGAUGAAUAGAAUUAAGAGAACUUCAGAUAAGGGAAAUUCCCUCCGAUCCUCAAUAGAGAGGAUACAUUCGAGGAGAGUUUUGAGCCGAGAAGGAAGUUUUGAGAGUAAUACUGAAGAAGUAGCGGCUCCAGAAGAAAUUGAAAUUGGUGCAUCUGAAGCUUGUGGAAGUAUGGAAAGUAAUGUUGAACUUAACAUAAAAGCAGAGCCAGAGUUUUCAGCAAAGCAUGAUGAUUCCAAACUUCUUACCGAAACAGAACGAGAUUAUACAGCAAGACGUGCUGAACGUUUAAAAAGACUGGAAGAAGAAAGUAAGCUUCUUCUAUCAAAAUUAACAAAAAACUCAGACCGUGGUACCACCUUUAAUACCAAACUAGAUGCACUGCACGAAAAAUACGGCAGUGAAGAGCGAGAGACCCCUUCUUCAUCCUCUUUUACUACAUCUGAAAAAAUUGAAAACCGCCUUGAAAAUGUUGCAAAGAUGUCAACAAACAGAGAGGAGCGAUUGAGGAUUCUCGAAGAAGAAGGCCGUCAGUUACUCAGCAAACUUUCAAAAACCUCCGAUCGAGGUUCUCAAAUGAUUGAUCGACUGAGUGAAAGGGAAAAGAACAAAAAUCUCAAAGCUUCUUUGGAACAGGACAAAGACGAUCAUCCCGAAAUUCUAUCCGAACCGGCAAUACCACCCACAUUGAAAAAUGUUGCCUGCACCAGCAUUGUGUCAGAAGAAAUCACAGAAAGAGUUGUUAUAACCCAAACUCCCAGUCAAAUAGCCCAGUCUCAGGGUGCAGUUCCAAAAGCCGCCGGCCCACAAUUUAGCGAGGCCAUAGAAACCAAUAGACCUGAGAAAUCUCAACCAACGGCAAAGCUGUGUGCUUCAACAGGAAGGAAGCGUGUGGCGGUACCAAAGACCGACACAGCUUCAGAAAGCCUUGAGGAAAUGGUUAAGCGUUUGAAAAAUUUGCCUUUCCCUGGUGAAAGUGAGGCUAAUCAGCCAACUAGUGAUUCAAAGAAAUAGACAAUAAAAUACUCAUCUAUUUUAAUUAAACCUUUUUCAGGAAUGACUCUGUUAUAUUUUAUUAAAAGAAGAAGAAAAAAAUAUAUAUUAUAAUCGUAGCUACUAUAUUUUGGUCUUCUUCAUAGAAUUAAGGAAUGCUACUUCAUUUUGUUUCAAUAAAAGUGUGUUCAUUUAGAAAAGCGA